AUGGACACAUCUGAGGAGGCAACUGACAAAGCUAACGGCUCGCGUCGUCCCUCCGCCGAGGAACAGCUGCGAGACCUUCAGGAGAAAACAAAUUUAUGGAAGCAAUCCGUUGCCCAGCAACUGAGUGAGGCGACAAAAAAGAACAAGCAGCUAAGAGACGAACUAAAGCAAGUUAAUGCAAACCAUGGCUCCGAAAUGGGGGCCCUGCGGGUGCAGUUAGAGAAGGAGUUCCGCGAGCGAACCAGCCUGAAGGAUGAAGAGCUGCAAAAUGUGCAGACGCAACUAAUGGAACUUCGAAAGGAGAAGCGCAGCAUGGUUGAGCAACACGAGCGGGAUCUUGAGCAGGCUAUCGCCCGUGUGCGGGAGACGUGCGCGGUGGAGCACACCAUGCGCACUGAUGCGGAGACGCAACAACAUGAGGCAGAGCUGCACAAACUCAGGGAUGCUAUGGAGCUCAAGGAAAAAGAAUUAGCACUGUCCGAGCACGAAGUUUGUGUCAUGAAGACCCGCCUUGAGCGCCUAGCUGAACAAUAUAGAGAGCUUUCGGCCCUUAUGACUCAAAACACAACUCAGCUGGAGAGCGGUGGGGACGCAGCAAAUAAGGAGAAGGUGCUUGAAAACGCGCUGAAAGCUAGUGACGCGGCUCACCAGCAGCAGUUGGAGACAGUGCGAUCAGAAAUGAGCAACUUGGAAGAAAGACAUGCAGCCAAGUUACGUGAGAUGCAGCGUGCGCAUGAGUUGGAACAGCAACGAUGCAUGAAUGAAGUGUAUCAGCGGGAGGAACAGCUUGCCACUCUUCAGACCCUUCUUCAUCAGGCACAACACGAGGCAGAAGCCGCACAGCGGAGAAUUUCAAAUGUGAGACUGGAGAGAGAGCAGAUGGAACAACAGCUGACCGAGCGCGUAGCAGGACUUAGUAGGGAGCUUGCAAGUCGCAUGGAAUAUGCACAGCAGCUUGCGGCUGAGGUAAACUCCCUGCAGCGCGAGUUGGGUAGACAGGAGGGACUUGUGAGGAGUUUGGAGGAGGAGGCUAACAUGCGCGAGGAGGCUUUCCAAACCCUUCUUCUUUCUGAAGAAAAUCGUGCUCUGGUCAUGGGCUUGCAGGAGGCACUGCAAAAGAGCCGCGACGAUGCAGAGGCGUGGGCUCGUAAAUAUGAAGAGGCUGUGCAACAAACCAAGUCGACGUGUGCUGUGCCAAUAGGUUACCCUUGUGACGGAAACGACGGGGAUGAACGCAAGUUUCGUGAGUUGGCGCAGCGUGAAAAGGCCCUUGAAGAGGAGAACUUGCGCUUGCAAACAAAAGCAAAGUUACUUCGAGCAAUGGAGCUCAGGUUGGAAGAACUGAAGCGGUCGAUGGCCUCGCAAGCGAGCACCAUCCUCGAACACCACAACAGUGGUAACCGGGGUAGUAGGAUGGGUGAUUCUCGCUAUGGAGAGGAAAGAAAGGGAUCACGCUCAGCUUCCCCUCUGCGCCGGAUGCAAUUGAUGUGGAAUCAGCACUCAAGUGUUAGCGGCAGACUGUCAAGGUGUGCCUUUGAACUUUCCCGCUGCAGAUUGCCCCAAUGCAUGCUGCUGUUUGCCUUUUGCGUUGCCUUAUUGCUCAUAAUAUUUGUCGUUAGGUCGUUUUCGUUGUGA